UUAUUACCCGUUAACUAAAACUCAUUUCUUAUUUUCCUGUUUCGGCAACCAAGAGCAGCCUCCAUCUCUCUUUUCUUCGAGCAGCCUCCAAACCCAAAACCCAGAGAAGCAUUGGGCGAGACCUCCCCAAACCCAAAACCCAAAUCACUGUUCGAGCUUCUUCCACUGCCUUCCUCGAGACCUCCCCAACUAUGAGUAUAAAUGAUGAGUCCCAAUUUAUGGAGGAAAGAGGAGAAGAUCGCUUGAUUGUAUAUUUAUAAACUAUGCAUAAUUAACUAGUUCUAGUUGCUUUGAUAAAAAGUUAAAAAAAAAAAAAAAAAAAAAAAUCUAUUUACGUGUUUUAACGGGUUCCAACGGAAAACCCGCAAACCCGUUAAGAACCCGCACCGUACCCGCACUACUGUUGGUUUCACUGAAGCUCCUUUUCGUGAGAAGCAGCAAUCGAAAGAAAUGAGGGGGGGUUUGAUAUGGGCAACAGCAGAGGACUUGUCGAAAAACAGAGGACGCGUUCUGUCUCUGUAUCGGCAGAUUCUGAGAAGCAUCAAUUCUCCGAAUCUGCCUCUGAAUUUGGCAGCAAGACUCGCCAAGAAGGCAGAGGUGCGCGCCAUCUUUAUGCUGGCUUCCGAGGAGAGGUCCCUGCACAACAUUGAAGACCUUGUUGAUGCUGCCAACUACUCUCUCUCCCUCUUGAGGAAAGGAGAGAUACCCAAGUAUAUUCAAUGAGGGUUUUGAGUCUCCUUUGGUAACUGUUGCAAGAGUUGGAAUGCAGUGAAAUGCUUAGCUGCUCUUCUUUUCACGGUGCAUGAUGGACAAACUGAAACUGGUCAUAGCUGUAGUCAAAUGCAAAGUGGAAAUUUUGGUGUUCAUUGAUCUUUGUUUGUUGCAUAUACAUACAAUGAAUCCAUUAGUUUGAGUUGGUAGUCUAAUAUUAUUUUCCUUCCUCCCAGACUUGUACAAGUCAUAAUCUUUGCUACAUAACGAUGAUCUACUUUGUCAAGAAAAUUGAUUUAUUAGAUUAAAUAAAUAUGUUGGAUCAAUUGAAGUUC